GCAAAGAGACGGGGCGGAGCCGCAAGCCGCUGUCACUCUCGCAAUAUUCCAAAGAUAUAUAUCUUCAGGCUAAAGCAAGCAAAUCAACUGUAAGGUAGCAGGUCCUGACGAAGACGAGAAGAGGACGCGAGAGCAUAAACCAUAUCAGUUCUCGGCAUUUGGAGAAGUACAGCCUAAGUAAUACUUUUCUCCCAGGGUGUCUGAACCGCCUGUGUUGUCAAACGGGGGUCUUUGUGCUUCUGAUUGUUAUUGAAAGGGGAUGAAGCCUUUACUUGCUUUGAACCGGGGCAUUUGGCUUUACGUUGGCGGAUGAAAUCUUGCAUCUAUUUGUCAUUUAAAUAACUCCAGCGGGAUUUCGUGUUGUCCAUUCACACGGCUUGUCUUGAGAUACACUCAGUGAUCAACUCUUUUUGGGAAUAGUUAUUUUUGAGUUGGAACAAUGAUGUUGUGGACUUUAUUCGCUGUUUUCAUCUGGACCGGACAAUCUGGUAUUGUUGCAGAUGUGGGUCGGGAAGGAGGCAUGGCCCCUCGCUGUGAAAGCCGGGCGUGUAACCCUCGCAUGGGAAACCUGGCCCUGGGCCGCGUGGUUCUGACCCAGACGGUGUGUGGUUACAACGGCACGGAGCCCUACUGCUCCCACCCCGACCCCGCCUCCUCCGCGGAGCCCUGCCCCCCGGCCAGGUGCGGCGAGUGCAACGCGGCCCUCCCGUCACACGCCCACCUCGCCGCCGCCAUGGCCGACUCCUCUUUCCGCCACCCCAACACCUGGUGGCAGUCGGCCGGCGGGGCGGAGUCCGAGACGCUGCAGCUGGAUCUGGAGGCAGAGUUCAUCUUCACCCACCUCAUCAUGGUGUUCCGCUCGCCCCGGCCCGGCGCCAUGGUACUGGAGCGCUCUCGGGACUUUGGGCACACGUGGAAGCCCACGCAGUACUAUGCCAGGAACUGCAGCGCCACCUUCGGGCAGGCAGAGGGAGCGGCGGGGCCAGACGGGACACCCUGUACAUCCAAAUAUUCUGGAGCUUACCCCUGUACCAGGGGAGAGGUAAUCUACCGCGCCCUCCCCCAGUGGGAAUCCCUUGACCCGUAUGGGGCUGCGGGCCAGGAGCAGCUGAGGGUCACCAAUGUCCGCGUACGCCUUCUGGAGCGCCAGUCCUGUCCAUGCCAGGCCAAACGGGCCGUCUCAGACGCCGGACCCCUGCCCGGCCAGCACUUCGCCGUCUAUGACCUCAUCGUGAAAGGCAGCUGCUUCUGCAAUGGGCAUGCCGAGCAGUGUGUCCCUGCACCCGGCUACCGCCCUGUCAGGGACAGAACCAGCCAUGUGGUUCACGGGAAGUGUGUUUGCAGGCACAGCACUGCAGGUGUCCACUGCGAGCGUUGCUCUCCGCUCUACAACGACCGACCCUGGCAACCUGCGGACGGACUCACAGGGGCCCCGCACGAGUGCAGGAAGUGUAAGUGCAACGGCCACGCCCAGAGCUGCUCUUUUGAUUGGUCUGCGUGGCGGGCGUCUGGCCAGCGCAGUGGAGGCGUGUGCGACUGUCUACACAACACGGAGGGACGCAACUGUCAGAGCUGUAAGAGCGGCUUCUACAGGGACCCCCAGAGACCACAUACCGCCCAGGACUCCUGUAGACCCUGUGGCUGCCACCCCCUGGGGUCCCUCCCCUUCCACCUGGGCGGAGGAUCCCUGUGUGACCCGGCCAACGGGGACUGCGUCUGCAAGCCUGGCGUCGGGGGUGCCCGCUGCGACAGGUGCAUGGUGGGCUAUUGGGGUUUCCAUGACUACGGCUGCCGUCCGUGCGACUGCGCGGGAGACUGCGACCCCUUCACAGGAGACUGCAUGUUGGGGUCAGAUCUGGAAGUGUAUAAUCUGGAGGGUAACUCCAGCGAGCCGAUGAGGAUCUUCGGGGCAGAUGAGCAUUUCUCUGCUCUACACUACUCCGAGAAAUGUGAGUGUAAGGAGAAGGUUCUAGCAAACAGCAAACUCUUCUGCACCAUGAAGUUUGCCUAUGUGUUGAAGGUAAAGAUCUUGUCAGCCCAUGAUAAGGGAUCCCAUGCGGAGGUAGAGGUCAAGGUUCAGAAAGUGUUGAGUCAGAACACUAAGGUUAAGAUCCAGAGAGGCCGAGUUACACUCUACCCGGAGUCCUGGACGACACGGGGCUGUACCUGCCCCAUCCUCAACCCAGGUGGGGAGUACUUGGUGGCAGGGCAUGCUGACAGGAAGCACAACCGUCUAAUCGUCAACAUGAAGAGCUUCGUCAAGCCCUGGAGAGCCAGCCUGGGACGCAAGGUCCUCACGCUACUGAAGAAAGACUGCACCUGGUAGAUGCUAGGCAGACCGGAGGACAGCGGGAGAAAGACUGACUGAGAGACCGAGGAUAAACAAGAGACUGACGUGUUUGUUUUUGCCUUUUCUGAAAGGGGAGUGGUCUCAUGGAGAUUGGGACUAAAUAGACAAUAAGGCUCUGCUCCUAUCUGUCAUGGGCCAAUGAGAGCAUGAGGCUGUCAGAGAUGACAUACACAGACUCCAUGAGUGUCUGUUUAAGUGAAAGUUUGGCCCCCUCUCCCGUGCAAACAUGCAGACCCAGCCACUCCCUCUCUGUAGCACUUUAGCCCAGGGCAGAAGGGUCAGUGGGAUCAUUGGUCAAGAUGUGGACCUAAAGACGGGUUAACAGGACUUCACACGUUUGAGCCCUUGGGACCUGUGUAGGAAAGCUUCAGGAUUUCCCAGUGCUUUUGGUGGAUGGGGACCAGUGUCUCUGUCCCAGAUGUGUUUUGUUGCAAUGAACUGUGAUGCUGUGUAACAGAUUCAGAUGUGUUUAAACACACAGCAUGAUGUUAAAUGCGUCAUGCAUACCAUUGACUACAGGUUGUUUAGUCAAGGGGUGCGUGCGUCUCUGCCUAUGUGUGUGAGUGUGUGUGUGUGUGUAGCUGUGUGUGUGUGAUGAGCCCAAAUCCAUCCAGCUUCAGUCCAAUUGAUCUGUUUCCUGCUCUGAGAUUUGGGCAGGGAUAGCCUCUUGAGCAAAAUACACAUCACAUAUGAGCUCCUAAUGUGUAAUAUGGCUGUGAUUUACGGGCCUUUGUCCUCCUCCCUAUAUGUGCUCCUGUACAGUAUUGCUUGUAUAUAUCUAUAUAAAUAUGUUUGUCAAUC